AUGUUUCAUAGACGCCAUGCGGAGCGAACUGCGCAGCUUUGGCUGCAGAAAUUACGAGAGUCGCCAGCGAACAAAAGGCUCAAUCUGAUAUACCUGGCAAAUGAGGUUGCGCAGCAGUCUAAAGCGAGGCGCAAGGAAGACUUUUUGAAUGCAUUCUCUCCGAUUAUCGCCGAAGCCAUGGCCAUCGCUUAUAAAGGAGCCUCAAAUGAGAUCCAGCAAAAACUUCGACGUGUGGUGGAGGUUUGGAGACAGCGUUCCAUCUUUGAACAGCCCAUUCAGGAAGCUGUCGAAGCUCGGGUCGAGGAAUUGGACAGAUCCCGUUCUUCGGGUAAAAAGCCACUGCUCGGAGGUUCCCUCUUCUCUAGCUCUUCUGGAUCUGUACCGCCAGAGCUUCAACCUCUCGUACCGCUUCAGGUCGCUCUUUCUAAGGCCGCAGUAUCUUCCAGCGCCUCAGUUAGCGCUGCGAAUGCAGAAUACGAGAAGAUGAAUGAUCCUAACACACCUGUUCCGAUGCCGCCGGUCCAUGCUGCACGCCUGAGUCAGCUCUUGAAAUCACUAGCAAAUGCCGAAAGUUCGGUGUCUGAGAUCAUCAAAUCGCGUCAAGCUCUCAUUGACGGUCUGGAGAAACUGCUCGAUACCAAUCGUUCGGCACUUGAAAAAGAAAAAUCUCUAGUUUCUCAGCUUUCCGAGAGGAAAGCCGAGACGGAGACGAAAAAACGUGACGUUGAGGACGCAAUCAUGCGAGGCCUUUCUGCAGAGAAUGCACCCGGAACUCACAAUGGAGAAUCAGGAGUCCAAGACGCACCCCGUCCGGAGAUUGAGGGUCUGACGCCGCCCCCGGUGGAAUCGCUGACCCCCGUUGGGUCUCCAGUCCAGUCAUCAGCACCCGCGGAUGGAGCCCAGGAACCAUCAAGGCAGUCGUUUUCGUUGCCGCCGGCACAACAGGCUGGUGGAGUUGUUCCUGGCACAGAUCCUUCUAGCUUCACUUUGCCUCACAAUCCACCGCAUGACGACAGUUCCGCCAACGGUGUUAGUUCGAAGAAACGCAAGGUCGCCCAUAGCGAGGAGGACUACGCGCAGUUUGCGGGCGGCGACUUAGAUGCGGACGUGGCAGAACUGUUGAAGCAGGAAAGCCAACCGUAG